AUGAAGUCAUCGGUUCUAGUCUUCCUGCUCUGCAUUUCCUCCGCCUUGGCGUAUGUUGAAGUCGCUAUGAAGUGUCCGGACGGAUGGGAUUGGUUCAAGAGAUCCCGAGGAGAGGCUGAAGCAAAGUGUAAUGAGGAAGGAGCCGUCCUUGCUGGAGUUCAGAACCAAGAUGAAGUCAACUGGAUGGCAGGUAACACUUGA